AUGACGGGUUCCAGCGCUUCACAAAUCUCCGGCAUCCUGGCUUCCUCCCCGAGCGACUCUACCAUGUCUUCUUUCAUCAAGUCUUCCACCAUCGCUACUGCUAUCACUUGCAAACUAACGCGCACCAAUUUCUUGCUUUGGAAGGCGCAGGUCGUUCCCAUCUUACGGGGUGUCCAGCUCUUUGGAUACCUCGAUGGCACUACACCGAUGCCCGUCGCCAUGGUGACUGAGGGAACCGACACCGAUGCAAGGCAGGUCUUGAAUCCUGCCCGUGCUACCUGGAUCGUCCAGGAUCAGGCCAUUCUUGGUGGCCUCCUGUCCUCAAUGACAGAGGACGUUCUGCCUCAACUCAUCCGUCAGAUCGACACGUCCGGCCAGUUGUGGGCAUCACUCCACACCAUGUUCUCCGCUCAGCACCGCGGGAACUCAAUCCAGAUCCGCGCGCAGCUCUCGAACACGAGAAAGGGCGACAUGAGCGCAGCAGAGUAUUAUCAGAAGAUGACGGGACUCGCUGAUACUAUGGCGCACAUUGGACGUCCCAUGUCCGAUGAAGAGGUGAUCGGCUACAUACUCGCCGGUCUGGGGCCGGGCCAUAGUGAUCUCUUCACCGCCAUCACUGUGCUGAGCAAUCAGCGUGCGGUGACUCUUCCGGAGUUCUACUCCUAUCUGAUUUCUCAUGAGACCCAAGCCACGCUGAUGAGCGGCACGGCGGAGUUCACGUCAUCCGCCAACAACGUCACGCGCCAGGAAUCCAACGCUCCUCGUCGCAACAACAGUAACAACGGCUACACCACCACCAACAACAACCAUAGGAAUAACUACCGCAAUGGCGGUGGUGGUCGCGGACGAGGCCGCGGCCGUGGCAGGAACAAUGGUGGCCCUCGCUGCCAAUGCGACCACGGGAGGCUACAACGGUGA